UAUGUGAGGAGUGUGUCCUCGAGAGGCCAGUGGUUCACGGAGAGUCGCGCCGUGGUGAGGCGCGACCAGGGGCGCGGCACUGUCGCUCGGGAAAGGGCAUCUACUGCCAGCGUCUUCUUUCAUCAUCAGUGGCGUUCUGGUAGUCGGGCACUAUGGCACAAGCAGCUGAUCCUGCACUCAAUGCCAAGAUCAAUGAAUGGCUGUCAUGGGAUAAGAACGAAGAGACCCACGCCGAGAUCAGCCAGCUGCAUCAGGCUGAGGACUGGGCACAGCUGCGCAAGCUGCUGCUGCAGCGGAUGACGUUCGGCACGGCAGGACUGCGCGGCCGCAUGGGCGCCGGCUACGGCUGCAUGAACGACCUGGUGAUUGUGCAGACGACGCAGGGCCUGGCGCGCUACCUGCUGCAGACGGUGCCGGACGCGGCCGGCCGGGGUGUGGUGGUGGGCUACGACGGCCGCUACCACAGCAGGAGGUUCGCCGAGCUGACGACGGCCGUGCUGCUGCAGCUGAAGGUGCGCGUCUGGCUGUUUUCCAAGAUUUGCCCCACGCCUUGGGUGGCGUUCGGCUGUAAGCACUUCGGCGCCGCCGCCGGCAUCAUGGUCACCGCCUCGCACAACCCCAAGGAGGACAAUGGCUACAAGGUCUACUGGGACAACGGCGCCCAGAUCAUUCCGCCUCACGACCGCGGCAUCCAGCGAUCGAUUGAGGAGCAGCUGGAGCCGUGGCCGGGCUCCUGGGACGUGUCGGCCGUCGGCGGCGUCACCGACCCGGGCGCCGAGCUGACGGCGGCGUACCUGGCGCUGCUGACGGCCGCCGCGCCGCACCCCGAGCAGCACGCCGGCUCGCCGCUCCUCUUCACCGUCACCUCAAUGCACGGCGUCUCGCACCCGUACAUGGUGGAGGCGUUCAAGGCGUGCGGCUUCAAGCCGUUCGUCCCUGUGGUGGAGCAGAUGGAGGCGGACCCAGAGUUCCCGACGGUGCCGUUCCCCAACCCAGAGGAGGGCAAGUCGGCGCUCAAUCUCGCUAUGGCCACGGCAGACGCCGCCGGCAGCACGGUCAUCCUGGCCAACGACCCCGACGCCGACCGCCUAGCGGUGGCCGAGAAACAAGCCAG